AUGGCUGACAUUCCUCCCCCGACCCCAUCUGAGCUCCUUCGGAUGGUGACCGAGCUUCAACAAGCAAAUCAACAAAUGGCGGAGGAAAACCGAAGAAUGCAUGAACAAAUUGCGCAAUUGGUCACUAAUCGGCUGGAACACAACGAUAUUCUUCAUAACCGAGAGGAAAAUCGUGAACGUCGGUCAAUGCCAACCCAUGUUUCUGAAACACCUCAACGGGAGGAGGAAGAAGCCCACCAAACAGAAAGGUCCCAACCAAAGGCUGAGGAAGAAGAGCGCGACAAUUCUGCCGGACCGUUUACGGCCGACAUUAUGAAUUUCCAGCUUCCCCGACAGUUCACCCUGCCGACCACUCUGACCCCUUACGAUGGAUUAGGAGAUCCAAAGCAACAUAUCAAGAAAUUCCGAUCUAUUAUGAUCGUUAACGGUGCAUCUGACCCUAUUUUAUGCCGUUGUUUUCCAUCUUUUUUAGACGGUCCUGCACUUGACUGGUUUUGUUCUUUGCCUGCAGAUUCAAUAUCGCGUUUUCAAGAGUUGGCAAAGCAAUUCGAAGACCACUUCGCGGCAUCUGCAAUAUACCUUCACGAUUCUGACUACCUGACGACCAUCAAACAAGGCCCACAAGAGAGCCUGAAGGACUAUAUCACUCGUUUUACAAAGGUCGCCAUGAGGAUCCCCGACCUUCAUCCCGAAGUCCAUCUCCAUGCAAUUAAGAGCGGCCUCCGUCCGGGCAAAUUUCAGGAGACAAUAGCGGUAAGUAAACCGAAAACCUUGGCCGAAUUCCGUGAAAAGGCCAAAGGACAGAUAGAUGUUGAAGAACUUCGGCAAGCCCGCAAAACAGAAAAGUCAACCGCGGCCAAGGACGAUAAUAAGCCCCGCGACAGUAAGAAAGCAUUCAGGCCAGUUCCCCGUUAUGAGUCAUACACUCAGUUCAACACAAAGAGAGAUGACAUUAUUAAAGAAAUACUCAACUCCAAAGUAAUCAAGCCUCCUCGUAAAGCCGGCGCUUACCCAAAGUCCAAGACCGUUGAUAAAUCCAAAUAUUGCACCUUUCAUCAGAAGCACGGUCACACAACGGAUGAAUGUGUGAUCGCCAAAGAUCUCCUAGAGCGCCUCGCAAGACAAGGACACCUUGACAAGUUCAUUGUCGGGCGUAUGCAGAAGAAUACAAACUCGGCUUCCGACCUUGUGACAGCAAGUCCCUCAUCAAAAGAAAAAGAUAAGACACCAGCCCAACCCAGAGGAAUCAUCAAUUGUAUUUCAGGAGGAUAUGCGGGAGGUGGACAUACUAGCUCAGCACGGAAGAGAACUUAUCGGGCCAUGUUGGCCGUCACAGAUGCCCCUAAGGUUCCUCAGCUGCUCCAAGAUUUUCCAGAAAUGACUUUCGGAUCAACCGACUUUAAUCAUACCCAUGCUAAUUAUGACGAUCCAGUGGUGAUUUCUAUUUAG